UAUUUAUUUUUUACUGCCAAUAUGGACAGUACUCAUUUGAGUACGCAUUUGACACAGAAAGAUACUCGAGUACUGUCAGGAAGGAUUUGAACGUCACCCUCGUCACCCUGCACCCGCUCCAAGGUCCAGCUCAGUCAGCACUCGGCCGCAGACGCGCACGGUCCAGCCCGACCCGCUCAUCAGACCACCAAUUGAACGUCAUCCUCAAAGAUGGGAGACUGGGGUUUCUUGUCGUCCUUACUGGACAAGGUCCAGUCGCACUCCACCGUCAUCGGCAAGAUCUGGAUGACGGUUCUUUUCCUGUUCCGGAUCAUGGUCCUGGGCGCGGGGGCCGAGAGCGUGUGGGGCGACGAGCAGUCCGACUUCGUGUGCAACACGCAGCAGCCCGGUUGCGAGAACGUCUGCUACGACUGGAUCUUCCCCAUCUCGCACAUCCGCUUCUGGGUCCUUCAGAUCAUCUUCGUGUCCACGCCCACCCUGGUCUACCUGGGCCACGCCAUGCACGUCAUCCACCAGGAGAACAAGAUGCGCGAGAAGCUGGCCAGCCCCAGCGGACCGCGCCGCCUCAAGUCGCCCAAGUACACCGACGACAAGGGCAACGUGACCAUCAAGGGGAACCUCCUGGGGAGCUACCUCACCCAGCUGGUCUUCAAGAUCAUCAUCGAGGCGGCCUUCAUCACGGGUCAGUACUACCUGUACGGUUUCAUCAUGGUGCCCAUGUUCCCGUGCUCCAAGAAGCCGUGCCCGUUCACCGUCGAGUGCUACAUGUCGCGGCCCACCGAGAAGACCAUCUUCAUCAUCUUCAUGCUGGCCGUGGCGUGCGUGUCCCUGGUGCUCAACGUGGCCGAGGUCUUCUACCUGCUGUGCAGGCGAUGCAAGGCCAGGUCCGGGUCCCGAAGGGGGAACUCGGCCGACAACCCGGUGGCGCUGUCGCAGCCCCGGUGGCCCACGGUCGACGACGCCCUGAAGCAGAGCAAGAAGAACCUGGACUUGGAGAUGGAGACCAGCCAGAGUCUGGGAGGGAGUCUGGAUGGAGCCAAGGAGGAGAAGCAGCUGCUGGGCGACCACUUGCAUUCUUAGCGUGUUAGCGUGUUAGCAGGGAACUUGGCUUUUUUUCAUGGAAUUCAUUUUGUAUUUCUUUCUUUUUACAAUGUAAAAAAACCAAAACAAAAUCAUGUCCAGCAAAGGUUGUUGUUGUAUUUACUCUAUGGUUUUUCGAAUCUGUUUAAGUUAUCGUGUCGUGCAAAAUAGAUGAUGAUGACCGCGAUGAUGAUCGGCGGCACAUCGGCCUCUCCGUAGCCCCGCCCCUCGCCCCGAAGUCAGCUGGCAUAAACUCCAGCUCACCCGCGACCCGAGUCAGGAUAAGCGCGACGAAAAAUGGAAGACGUUCAAGUUUUCGCUCUAUUUUUUCAAGUCAUCAAUUUUGUAUUUGUUUAUCCCAAUUAAAAUGUAAAAAUCAAGAGAAAUAGUGUUGUUGCUGUAUUUAUGUUGUUUCUUUACUCUUACGGUUUUUGAUUCUGUUUAAGUUAUUUUUCAUGUGCAGGAAUAUAGGAAAUAAUAAUGAUCAUGAUAUUGGAUAUUGCUCUAUUUUUUCAAGUCGUACAUUUGCUGUAUGUUUUUGGCAAAAUGAUUAAAGUUUCAUACAAAAACUG